UUCAGAUGCGUCCUGGAGCGCAGCAGCGCAGUCAGUGUUUCUGGUGAGGAGUCAUAAUGAGAUAAGUUAAAAAAAAAAACAGGCAGGAAACAAAGGACAAUGGCUCUCAUGCUGUUAGGAAACUCGGUGGCGGCAGUCGGCGGUGUGAUCACCAAUGUCAUGAAUUUUGUGACCGAUUUGUUUCUGACUCCGCCGCGUAAAGCGGCGCUGAAAUACCUGGAGGACGCCCAGCUGAAAACCUUGACUGGAGACCCACGGACCGUGAGAGCCAAGACGCUGUGGGACCGGACCGGGGCGGUCAUCAUGGCGGUGCGCCGGCCCGGAUGAUUUCUGUGCAGAGAGGAGGCUGCAGAGCUGUCCUCUCUGAAGCCCCAGCUGGAUGAGCUCGGGGUUCCCUUGUAUGCGGUGGUGAAGGAGGACGUCGGUACCGAGGUCCAGGAGUUCCGAUCGUAUUUCAAAGGGGAGAUCUUCCUGGAUGAAGCGAGGCGGUUUUAUGGACCCCGUGAGAGGAAGAUGGGUCUGCUGGGCUUCCUGCGUGUCGGGGUGUGGACAAGCGGCCUCAGGGCCUUCAGGAAGGGCUUCACGGGAAAUGUUUUGGGAGAGGGAUUCGUCUUGGGCGGAGUCUUCGUCAUCGGCCGUGAAUAUCAGGGGAUACUUCUGGAGCACAGAGAGAUCGAGUUUGGAGAUAAGGUCAACAUUGAAGAUGUCAUCAGUGCUGCAAGAAGAAUACCACAGGAACUGACUUCCUUUGAAUAGAGGAAGAAACGGUCCAAAACCAAGUCAAAUGUUUGAGCAGAUUUGGGAACGAGUGCACUGAGACUUGAGUGUUUUGCAGUAUGUCUGUGUAGAAGAGACUGAGUGUGUUUAUGAUGGUUUGUCUUUAAACUCAUGAGAGGAAGCAGACUUGAUGUUUAACUUUCAGUUUUCUGUAUCACUCAGCGCUACUGCAGAGCUCUCCAGGAGGAUUCUGAGCAAUAAAACACAUCCUUGUGCUG